GCGUUUGGGACAGGCAGCAUGGGCGACCGAUCGCUGAAUGAUCUCGUCCAUGACGUUCAGCGCAUUGCGCUUCUAGCGCCGUGGACACACAUCGAUGUCGCCAACACGAUGCUCUGCCGCGAGUCCGACGUAAUCUGGAAUGAGCCGCUGCGCGCUGAGCUCUCGCGAGAGAUUGCUUUGCUCUAUGCCGGCUUGCUACAGAAGCACCGGUCCAUGAACGUCCACAGUAUGAUCUCGACUGCUGCCAACGAGACGCGGCUCCACGGACGGCUCCUCGUCGAAGUCAAGCGCCGCGUCUUCGUGCCCGAGACGCUCGAGCGCGUCAAAGCGCAGGCCGCCAAGCCCCCUCCUUCGCACACGACACCAAAGGAAUUGGACUCGGGGCUGCACUUUCGCCGCCGCCGACCGACGCCACCGACCGAGACCACCGACGACAACACCGAGGCGUGCGUAGCCAAACCGCAUCGACAGAGCUCCAUGAUGAGCCCCAAGAAGAUGUCGCUGCCGUCGGUGCGGUCGGCGUUGGUGCUCUCGACGGCGCCCGAGCUCUCCAACCAAGCGCCGUCACCGCUCAAGGCCAAGGACGAUGGUGUCAACGACAAGCUUACGUCGUCCGUUCGCUUUGUGCAGUUUGCCAAGACGCGCGUGGACCUGCGCGAUUUGCUGCAGAUGACGGCGACGACGGAGCUCCCCGUGACGCACUUCCGUGACCGACCAGUUCUCGCGUCAGCCAUACUUGACGCGGGCGUGCCUCUGCCGAAGCGCACUCCGUCGAUGAUGCCUCCGCCUCGUCCGCGGUACCUCUAUGCCGAGAACAGCGCUGCGCUGCCCCACACCAAGCCUAUCUUUGACGACUACGUCGUGCCCAAGGAGGUCUGGGACGCCGUCGAGGCCGAACGAUCACUCCAGAGCAUCAAGGUCGACGCGAGCAGCAACUUUGAACCGCUGCCGCAAGACGACCUGCCACUGGACGUGUAUUUUGCGCGCGAGUGUCCACAGGAGCGCGAUAUGAUCUCCAAGGCGCUCGCGACGCUGAGCAUUCGCCCGGAGAAGCGAGUCGAGCGGUCGCUCACAGCGGUGUACAUGGACGAAAGCCUCGUGGGCACGAGCAACGACGUGCUCUUGCCCGAGGUUCGCCGGCUCUUCGACGCCGCGAGCGGCCAGUACCACGAGCUGCGCGCGCACAUGCUUCGCAGCGUCAAGAUGUCGGCGCUAGUCGAUCUCGCGCUCAAGUGCAAUCUGUGCGACCUCGCGAUGGAGACGCCGACGCGCGUCACGUCGGCCGACCCGCGCGUUGAGAUCCCCAAGAGCCUCCAGCCACCGCCAAAAGCUGCGCGUGGACGAAGCCGCGAGGCAAUCUCCCAACGGCGCCGCGUCAUUGCAGAGAAGCGGUUGUCGAAGCGGGAUGCCCUCGACCAACUAUUCCACAUGAGCGAAGUCGACCAGCGGCUUCUCACGCAGCUCGAGUUCUACGAUCUUAGCGCGGACAACAACAAGGUGUUUGACCCGAUCGCGCUCGAACCGCUCUUGAGCGUUCGGUUUGAGACGGUGUGGCGCGGCUUGCUCCUGCACACGACGCGCCGCUUUGACCUCGCGCUCAAGUACAGCCAGCCCGAAUUCUCAGCCCGGCUCCCGGACGCUGUCGUGCUCUGGGAGGUGUGUGCGUACUGGGUCGCCGAGCGCGAGACAGCGCUGGACCACGUUCGCAAGCUGCUCAAAGGUUCCGACACGAGCGCAUCGCAAGCGCAUCAGCUGUACGAGCUCGUCCUGACGCUUGUCAGCUGCACGACGAAGCUCAAGAAAGCCAUGGCCUUGACGCAUGCGGAAGUCAACGACUUUAUCGCGUACGAAGACGAGUUUUACCUCCACCGCCUCGUCCACCAGCACCAGCAGCUCGAGCGCGACCUGCCAACGCAUUCGCUGUGGCAUGACCCCAACCACCCGUCGACACCGACAACGACCAGUGUUUAGUAGGCGUUCUAGUAUAUAUUAGUGUAUAGUCAUAGGAGUCCAAGUCUAGACAUUAUUACUCCGAGUCGGAGGAGCUCGAGCUCGUCUUGGCCUCCUUCUUGGUCUU